AUGUGCAGCGUCAACAGCAGCAGCAGCAGUAGCGGCAGCGCGAGCACGACGAGCGCCUACCACCAUAGUAAGAAGCGCAAGCUAGAAUACGACCUCGGCCAGCCGGUCAUCCAGCACGCCCUGGUCCACUCGUCCACCAACGAUUACCCGACGCUCUUGGACAAUUCACAACAACAUCAGCAACACCAUCAGCAGCAGCAACAACAACAACAACAACAACAACAGCAUCUCGGCCUACCAUCGUCGUCCUCUGGUAGCAGUGGCGGCAGCGGUAACAUUGCAACUGUUUUUGGCUUGCACCACCAGCCGGCCAAUAAUGGCCUGCACCACCAAAAGCAGAGCCCGACAUCACAGCACCAGCACCACCAGCAGCAGCAGCAGCAGCAGCAGUGCGCGCCUCCACGAUCAAACUCGUAG